CAGGCCACGGAGCGGCGCCGCUCGCUGCCGGCCAUCGCCGGUCUCAGCCACGGCCAGCUGGCCGCGCACUACUCCAACUGCAUCAAGCUCAGCGCCGAGAACAAGAUCAGCGCCAAGAACGCCUUCAGCCUGCAGCUGAUCGACUGCAUGGCGCAGAUGCUGCGGCAGAAGAAGUCGGACCUCGACAACUUCCAGGUGGCCAGCUACACCUUGGACGCCUCGGCCAAGAUUUACGGCUACCGGGUGGAGGUGCUGCACGGCGAGACGCUACGCAUGGCCGGCGGCCUGGGCCGCGCCGACAACAAACAGAAGACCGCCGAGGAGGGCGAGCCGGCCGACGGCGACCAGCCGGAGCCGGGCGGCGCCGACAAACGGCGCAGGAAGGCUCGCCGCCACGCCACUGUCGAACGCAACCUGGCCAACAUCACGGCACGCGCCAGCGGCGGCGACGCAGCGCCGAGCUCGCGGCGGCCGGCUGCUGUGCGGCGCCUGCUGCAGGGCUUCUCCUCUCCGGCUUGGAGUCUGGCGGACGAGCGGGACGGUCAGCGCUCCGAGGAGGCCGGAGCCGACCUGCCGCCGCCGCCGCCGGCGCCGCCCGCCGACCUGCGGCACAGCGUCAUCAUGAGGACGGCUGAUGACGAGUUCGGCGGUGAGUGA